AUGAAUUUCUUGGAGAGAACAAUCAACAUGCUUGCUCAUGCCUUUGCUGAUUUCGUUUCCUAUCAGUUUGGGAAGAGAUACAAGAAGGUGUGGAGUCGUCAUGGUGUUGAAACCGAUGAACAAUAUUACAAGGAUAGAAUCAACUAUUUACUGUUAAAUUCGGACGAAUUCCUCGACUUCGCUCAACCAACUUCUCCGAAAAUCGUUUAUAUCGGUGGUAUUACAUUACAAGAAAUAACUCCGUUGUCAGAGAGAUUACAACAAAUUAUGGAACGGACGAAAAUGGGUGUGGUUUACAUCUCAUUUGGUUCAGCUCUACCAACUAAAGAGAUGCCCGAACCCUUCCGCGAAGGCAUAAUCGAGGUAGCGAGGACGUUUAAAGAUUAUGACUUUAUUUGGAAGGUUGAUGAAGGCGAUUCAGUACAAGGCGUCCCAAAUUUGCACUUAUUCAGUUGGGUCAACAGCAAGCACUUUUUAAUAGCCCACCCAGGUCUGCGAUGUUUCGUGUCACAUGCGGGUAUGAACAGUAUCCUGGAGUUAACGAGAAGUGGAAAACCAUCAAUCCUCGUGCCGGCCUUCGCUGAUCAGCUUAGAAAUGCUCUUCUGGUGGAAGUGAAAAACACAACGAUUGUGAUAUCUAAGGAGAAGUUCAAUCGUGACACAUUCGCGGCUGCACUUCAACAAAUACUCAGUGAUGAAGGGUAA